AUGAUUGUCUGGUUUAUCAUGUCGUUCCUGAAUGCUAAUAUUGUCGCCAUUUUGACAAGCCUCAUUUUUUCUUUCGAGUCUGUCUGUCUGUCUCUCUCUCUCUCUCUCUCUCUCUCUCUCUCUCUCUCUCUCUUAAAUUUCUACUGGUUCACUCUCUCUCUCUCUCUCUCUCUCUCUCUCUCUCUCUCUCUGAAACAUACACAAAAACACGCUCUCUCUCUCUUUUAUUUCUUACCAAACUUGUUGAAAGGGUCUCUUUCUUCCUUCUUUCAUUUUCUUUCUCUCACUCUUAAUCCUUCAUUUUUAUCUAUCUCUACCUCCCUCUCCUUCUCCUCUCUCUCUCUCUCUCUCUCUCUCUCUCUUAUUUUCACUCGUUCUCUCUCACUUCCUUAUUAUCAUUCUUUCUUUCUAUUUCUCUUUAUAUUUUCACUCUUUCUUCCUUACAGGUUCUUUCUUUCCUCUCUCUCUCUCUCUCUCUCUCUCUCUCUCUCUGCCUUAUUUUCGUUCUUCAACCCUUGUUUUUACUCUUCUGUCUCUUUUCCUUAUUCUCUCUCUACUUCUUCUUUCCACUCUUUCUCACUCUCUUCUCUGCUGUCAAUCUUUCUCUCACCUUUUCUUUUUCCAUUAUUUCUCUCUUUUUAUUCCUUUAUUUUUACUCUUUCUCUCUCAAUCAAUCUUAAUUGUUUAUUUUUAUUCUCCCCCUCUCCUUACAUUUCAGUCUUUCUCUCACUCUUAAUCCUUCAUUUUUAUCUAUCUCUACCUCCCUCUCCUUCUCCUCUCUCUCUGUCUCUCUUUCUCUCUCUCUGUCUCUCUCUCUCUCUCUCUUUCCCUCUAUCUCUUCCUUCUUAUCACGAAAAACAAAAAUCAACAACCAAACCUUUUAAUAUUCACGUUUAUCUCUUUAUUUUCUCUUCCUGUUUUCUGAUAUUCUUUCUACGUCCCCUUCUCUCACUCUCUCUCUCUUUCUUUCUCUAUCUUUCUUUCUCUUUUCCGCUUUCUCACUUUAUCUUUCUCCCUCUCUCCCUUUUUGCUUCCCACACUUUCUAUUCCUCUUUGUCUCUUUUUUUCUCUUUUUUUCCUCCCUCUCUCUCUCUCUUUCACGCCAUUGUUACUGUUUCUCUUUUUUUCGUUAUCUCCGACAUUCUUUCUUUCUGCUACUACUUCCUCUCUCUCUUUCUCUCUCUCUCUCUUUUUUUCCAAUUUAUUCAUUUCAGUUCAAAUGCUGCGGAGUUGAAGGUGGUGUCAACUCAACAUCAUCCUGGGCUUAUUACAAGAGAAAUACUGAGUGGUAUUUCAACCAGACCUCAGUACGCCGUCCGUUCGGAUCGUACCAUCACAAUGGAAGAAUGUACGUGCCUAAAAGCUGUUGCAAAGACAUGUCUCCAGGAAACGUGA